GUUCGCUAUGAUUUCGCUGAAAAUGUAGCCAAGCUCAUUUGUUUUUCUUCGACACAUAAUGGAUUACCCAGUAUCUGGUGCGAAGAGUGAAGAAUCGUUGCCAUAUGACGCCGACAACAUUGGAAAUGGACUGCAUUCGAUGGCCAAUUCAAGGAAUGGUGCACUUUAUGACUCGGAUCUCUAAACUCUUAGAGGUAUGGCAAUAUAAAAGACUCCCUACUGAUUUGUAACGUUCACGUCUUUGUAUUUUGUUGGUGCCAAACUGGGGUACCAGGACUGCUUGAUGUCGGAUUACAGAGCCAGGGCUUGGUUGUCGACAGUGUGCUUGCGCAGAUGGCGAACACAAGCGAUCCGGGGGAAAGCAACCCCUCGCUUCAGAAUUAUGCCAUCACCGCCUCUGCGGUCAAACUGGCCUUGCUGGGACUCAUCACCUGCGUCAGCCUGCUCGGGAAUAUCGCGCUAUCAUUCCUGGUGCUGAAAGACAGCUCCCUUUACAAGGCUCCGUAUUACUUCCUCCUCGACCUGUGCGUGGCAGACAUCAUCCGCUCGGCCGUGUGCUUCCCGUUCGUGAUGAUCUCCAUCAGCAACGGCUCCAUGUGGAGCUACAGCAUCAUCAGCUGCAAGAUCGUCGCGUUCAUGGCCGUCUUGUUCUGUUUCCAUAUCGCUUUUCUGCUCUUCUGCGUGAGCGUUACGCGCUACAUGGCCAUCGCGCACCACCGUUUCUACUCUAAACGCAUGACGCUAUGGACAUGCGUCGCGGUCAUAUGUAUGGUAUGGACCCUCUCCGUCGCCAUGGCCUUCCCUCCGGUAUUCGAUGUCGGGACGUAUACAUUUAUUCGCGAAGAAGAGCAGUGCGUAUUCGAGCACCGAUACGUGAAAGCCAACGACACGCUGGGUUUCAUGCUCAUGUUGGCUGUGAUCGUGGGCACGACGCAUGUUGUGUAUGUCAAAAUGCUGUGCUUUGUUUACGACCACCGUAAAAUGAAACCCGCUCAGCUGGUUCCGGCGAUCAGCCAGAACUGGACUUUUCACGGGCCGGGGGCGACGGGUCAGGCGGCCGCCAACUGGAUCGCGGGAUUCGGACGCGGUCCGACGCCGCCGACAUUAGUUGGCAUCAGGCAAGCGGCACACAACGCCAACCGCAGGCUGUUGGUCCUGGACGAGUUCAAGAUGGAGAAACGGAUAGGGAAGAUGUACUACAUGAUCACACUGGUGUUUCUGCUCUUCUGGGCCCCGUAUAUUGUGGCGUGUUACAUUCGGGUGUUUGUGAAGGGCAACGCGGUUCCUCAGGUGUAUCUGACCGCGGCUGUGUGGUUGACGUUCGCCCAGGCGGGGGCGAAUCCCAUCAUAUGUUUCAUAUUCAAUAAGGAGUUAAGAAUGAGAUUCAGAGCCUGUUUUCCUUGCUGCCUGACUACACAAACACCCACGGAGCCCUACUGUGUCAUUUGAAGUACUUCUUCUUUUCUUUUUUUAUGAAAUGCUGAUAGUAUCAUACAUUUUACACGGUUUGACUUCUCAUUGGCUAUGCAGUGGAUCCAAAGAAUAUUUGGACACCUAAGCCAAAUUUAAAAUGUAUUACUCAUUGCAUUAGUUAAAUAAAUGCCAUUUGUUUUGAUAUUUUAUUAUCUAAUGCAAUGGCAUUUAUGCAUUUGUAAUGGAAUAGUUUAUUCUGCCAUUAUUUACCUGUUUGACCAAAACGCAUAUGACCUUCUUUCUUCUGUGGAAUACAAAAUGAGACGUUAGACAGAAUGUUUAGUCUCAGUCACCAUUCACUUUCAUUAAGAGAAAAAAAUGCUAUGCAAGUGAAUAGUAUCUCCUUUUGUGUUCCAAUGAACCACACAGGCUUAGAACAGGCUUAGAGGGUGAUUCAGUGACAACAUAUGUUUCAGUUUUGGAUGAGCCAUCUCAUUAAAUAUCCAAAUAUUUUUUGGGGCCACGGCAUGUCAUAUUUCUUUACUUAAGAGCUGAAAUCACAGACCUGUUCCACCACUGCAUAUCAGAAGAUGCUUAUCCACAUUUAUGCAAUCCACAUGUUGAUGAAAAAUGAUGUAUAACAAUCAUUAAUUUCUAUUCUGGACUAUUCUUUAUAUCUAAUAUGUAAUAUAUUUGCUAUGACCUUGGUAGACUUUUUGUGUCAACAAAAUGUCCAGAGGAUUUAUACAACUGUAUCACAUGAACUAAAUGUGAAUAAUGUCCCUCCCACAUUCCCUUUACGUUGAUACUGGAAAAUUGUUCUCAGUGGACGUGAGCAAAGUCAGCUUUUAGCUGAUGGAUCAUUGUUGGUGACCAUGAUUUGUAUUUUAAUGCAAAUAAACCAUUGAUUAUGAA